AUGUCCACCGACGACGGAGAUCGCGCACCUCGAGAGGUGAAGAACCACCUUCUCUUCGAGAUCGCCACUGAGGUUGCCCAUCGAGUCGGCGGUAUUUACUCCGUCAUCAAGUCCAAGGCCCCAGUGACGACUGCCGAAUAUGGCGACCGCUAUACGCUGAUCGGUCCUCUCAACCACCAAUCUGCUGCCGUGGAAGUCGAGGAGCUAGAACCUACCAACCCCGAGCUGGCUGCGACCAUUCAGUCCAUGAGGGAUCGUGGCAUCGGUAUGCUCUAUGGUCGGUGGUUGAUUGAAGGAGCCCCAAGGGUUCUCCUCAUGGACACAAAGACUGCCUACCAAUAUUUGAAUGAGUGGAAGACGGACUUGUGGAACGUUGCCUCUAUUCCCUCGCCACCGGGCGAUGACGAAACCAACGAGGCCAUUGUAUUUGGAUAUCUUGUCGCUUGGUUCCUUGGUGAGUUUGUCUGUCAUGAGAAGAAGAAGGCCGUAAUAGCCCACUUCCAUGAAUGGCUAGCAGGCGUUGCACUACCUCUUACCAAGAAACGGCGCAUUGAUGUGACAACUAUCUUUACAACCCACGCAACGCUCCUUGGUAGAUAUUUGUGCGCUGGUUCUGUUGACUUUUACAACAACCUCCAAUAUUUCGAUGUCGACUCUGAAGCCGGAAAGCGUGGCAUAUACCACAGAUACUGCAUCGAGCGAGCCGCCGCCCACUCGUGCGACGUCUUCACAACUGUCUCCCACAUUACGGCUUAUGAGAGCGAGCACUUGCUGAAGCGUAAACCUGAUGGAGUCUUGCCUAACGGGCUUAACGUUACCAAGUUCUCGGCUAUGCACGAGUUCCAGAAUCUCCACCAGCAGUCCAAGGAGAAGAUCCAUGACUUCGUCCGAGGACACUUCUACGGUCAUUAUGAUUUUGAUCCGGAGAACACCUUAUACUUCUUCACGGCGGGUCGGUACGAGUUCAGGAAUAAGGGUGUCGAUAUGUUUAUUGAAUCACUCGCCCGUCUCAACCACCGCCUUAAGGCUGUCGGGAGCAAGACAACUGUUGUCGCUUUCAUCAUCAUGCCGGCGCAGACAACUUCCCUGACCGUGGAGGCGCUGAAGGGCCAGGCAGUGAUAAAAUCGCUGAGAGAUACGGUCGAUGUGAUUGAGCGAGGCAUUGGCAGGCGCAUUUUCGAGCGCUCCCUGAAGUGGCACGACGGAGAUCCGCUGCCGGAUGAGAAGGAGCUAAUCACUACUCAGGAUCGGGUCCUCCUUCGUCGGCGACUCUUUGCCAUGAAGCGUCACGGCCUCCCCCCAAUCGUGACACAUAACAUGCUGAACGACCAUGAGGAUCCAAUCUUGAACCAAAUCCGUCGCGUACAGCUCUUUAACCACCCCUCGGACCGUGUCAAGAUUGUGUUUCACCCCGAGUUCUUGAACUCUGCCAAUCCAGUGCUCCCAAUGGACUACGACGACUUCGUGCGAGGAACGCAUUUGGGCAUCUUCUCCUCUUACUACGAGCCGUGGGGCUACACGCCAGCUGAAUGCACGGUCAUGGGCGUGCCUAGCAUCACCACCAACCUGUCGGGCUUUGGCUGCUACAUGGAGGAGCUCAUUGAGAACUCUAGUGAUUACGGUAUCUACAUUGUAGAUCGUCGUACUAAGGGCGUGGAUGAUUCGGUGAACCAAUUGACGUCGUGUAUGUUUGAUUUUGCCCAGAAGAGCCGCCGUCAGCGUAUCAAUCAGCGAAACCGAACAGAGCGCCUCAGCGACCUCUUGGACUGGAAGCGAAUGGGUAUGGAGUACGUCAAGGCUCGCCAGCUAGCUUUGAGGCGGGCUUACCCCGAGUCAUUUGACGGCGACGAGGAUGAGGACUUCAUUCCCGGUGUCGAGCAGAAGAUCUCGCGGCCCUUCUCUGUCCCAGGAUCUCCUCGUGAUCGGACUGGAAUGAUGACCCCGGGAGACUUUGCAAGUUUGCAGGAAGGCCGAGAAGGACUAGGCACGGAGGAUUAUGUCGCCUGGAAGCUCCCAGAGGAAGAGGAUCCCGAUGAGUACCCGUUCCCUCUCACCCUGAGGACGAAGCGCUCGGGACCGGCUAGUCCGCUUGACGGUGUCCAACUCAACGGCAACUAG